AUGUCGGAAGCUCGCUCCGCGCCGCCGCCCGUGCUCCCCCCUGAACUAGAACUGGCCAUCUUCGAGACUGCCGCCCGCGCAUGCCCGCCGUUCGUCCCGACCCUGAUGCUCGUAUCGAAGCGCGUCAGAGAGUGGGUGGAGCCGAUUCUGUACCACACAUUGAUCUUCGGCACCACCAGAGCCGCGGCCGUGCUGCCGACGUGUCCGAUGGAGGUCUUCCUCGAGGUCGCAGCGCGCAAGGGGCACGAAUUCCUGCGGCGCGCCGUCAAGAACGUGAUGGCGGUGGAAAUAUCCGGACCGGACGUCCGGGCUAUCCUGGAAGUAUGCUCGCGGGUGGAGAAUUUAUACAUCAUCUGGGGCAACAGGCUACUGGGUACCCUCGAGAUGACAUCGGCAUCGCUGCGCCAUUUACACGCUCCCGUCCUCGCAAUGUUUGAUGCAACCCUCCCCAACUUCCGCACGCAUCGCACCUUCCAACAGUUGACGCAUCUGGAGCUCCUCGACCUCCCGUUCGGAUUCGAGACUGCAAUCGCGGUGUGCAAGGCCGUACUAUCCAUCCCGUCGCUCACCCACUUUGCGCUGAACGGCGACAGCGAGGCUGACUUCGAUGAAAUGUCACAGUCCAACAUCUACGCCGAGCUUCUGCGGGACGACGUGGCCCAAAAACUACUCGCUCUUGUGGUGCUCACACCGUAUGAGCCGACUGAGCAGUUCAUUUCCGCCUCCGAUGACGUGCGCUUCGUCGCAAUGCGCCUCUCGGAGUACUUCUCUCACUGGGCAAUGGCGCGCCUUUACCCCGCUGAGGAAUUCUGGACGCAUGUAGAUACGGUGAUUGCUCGACGGAGGCUAACGGGGGAUAAUUCUAUCCAACCACCGGCACGUCUCUCGUAG